AUGCAGCCGCAGGAGAAGCUUCCUCAGCAGCAGCUGCUGCAGCAGGUGCUGCCGCAGCAGCAGCAGCAGGGACAAACACACAAUGAAGUCCAGCAGCAACAGCAGCAUGAGCAGCAGCAGCAGCAGCAACAGCAGCAGCAGCAGGUGACUGAGGACCAAGCUGCAGAGCAGCAGCAGCGGUUAACGCACGAAGCAGUUCAGCAGCAGCAGCACGAGCUGCAGCAGCAGCAGCAGCACGAGCUGCAGCAGCAGCAGCAGCAGCAGCUGCAGCAGCAAGAUCAGCAGCAAGUGCAGCAUCAAGGGGCCCAAGGGCUUACUGCUGCAGCAUCUCCUGACAGCGAGAAUCAAUACAAAGUUCCUGCUGCUGCUGCUGCUGCUGCUGCUGCUGCUGCUGCUGCAGAUACAUGGGACCCCUGCGCUGCUGUCGAGCCCUCGAACUGCAGCAGCGGGGCCGACAGCAGCAACAAGAGCAACAAUGAGCUGCUGCAGCCAGCAGCAGCAGCAGCAGCAGCAGCAGGCUGCAGCAGUCCAAGCUGCAUGUGGCUCGCAGGCCCAGCAGCAGCAGCAGCAGAAGAAGCAAGCAGCAGCAGCAUCCACAGCCCCUCCGGCGUGCUGCUCGAUGCAGCAGCAGCAGCAGACUGUGCUAGCAGCUGCAGCAAGAGCAGCAGCAGCAGCAUCAGAAGCAGAAACUCACAGGCUUUUCUGCCUGCUGCGGUGGCACCAAGAGCAGCAGCAGCAGCAGCAGCAGCAGCAGCAGCAGCAGCAGAAGCAGCAAGCUGCAGCAGCCUCCCUUGCUCGCCAUCCUGCUUACCCGCAGAUGCAGCAGCAGCUGCAGGGGCAGCGGCAGCUGCAGCAGCAGCUGCAGCAGCAGCAGAUGUCCGCAACAGCAGCAGCCCUUCUUCUGCGCCUUCGAGCGAAACAGCAGCAGCAGCAGCAGCAGCAGCAGCAGCAGCAGCAGCAGCAGCAGCAGCAGGCAGCAGCUCUCGUAGCUGCUCGCCUCACAGACCCGAUGGCCUUGGGAUAAGGAAGUCACCUCGUUUGCUGCGGAGCCCAGCAGCAGCAGCAGCAGCAGCAGCAGGCAGCAGGAGUCCUUUGGAGGUCUUACUGCCAGCAGCAGCAGCAGCAGCAGGCAGCAAGAGCCCCUUCGAGCCCAUGCUCCCAGCAGCAGCAGCAGCAGCAGCAGGCAGCAGGAGUCCUUUGGAGCCUGUGCUGCCAGCAGCAGCAGCAGCAGCAGCAGCAGCAGCAAGCAGCAAGAGUCACUUGAAGGCCAUGCUGCCCGCAGCAGCAGCUUCAUGCGCUGCAGCAGCAGCAGCAGCAGCAGCAGAGAGCCUCGGCGCGUCGCCCCACAUCAGCUUCAGCCAAGAAGCAGCAGCAGCAGCAGCAGAAGCAGCAGAAACAGCAACGACGGAAGGAGCAGCAGAAGCAGCCAUAGCAGCAGCAACAACAACGGCAGCAGCGGAGGCAGCAGCAGCAGCAGCAGCAGCAGCAGCUAAGAGUGUGGACAAUUCAGCUGACAUUGCUGCGGGCCCUGCAUGCACAGCAGCAGACAACACAGCCGCACCAACUGCAGCAGCAGCAGCAACAACAGCAGCAACAGCAGCAGCAGCAAGCUUGCGCUCACCUGAGACGCUACCUAUGCCAGCAGCAGCAGCAGCAGCAGCAGCAGCAGCAGCAGCAGCAGUGGCAUCUCCAGCAGCCAGUUGUUCCCCGAGUGUGCUGCUAAGCCCCGAAGCUGCAGCACACUGCAGCAGCAGCAGCAGCAGCAGCAGCAGCUGCGGCUCAAGCCCGUUGCUGCCGCCGGCAGCAGCAGCAGCAAAAGCAGCCGAAGUGACCCCAGGCGACGUCGCCGCCGCCGCCGCAGCAGCAGCAGCAGCAGAUACAGCAGCAGCAGAUACAGCAGCAGCAGCAGCAACAGCAACCUCGCUACCUGUACUUAAAAGAGUACAAAUUCUGCCUGUUGACCACCCCCACACGCUGUCUGCUGCUGCUGCUGCUGCUGCGCUGCAGCAGCUGCAGCAAAUGGACCCGCGCAUAUAUCCUGGCCGCGUGUUUUAUGCGAAGCUGGGAGCAGCAGCAGCAGCAGACGCAGCAGCAGCAGCAGCAGACGCAGCAGCAGACACGCCGGUAGGUGCAGCAGCAGCAGCAGCACCUGCAGACAUUGUCACUGUGUUGCCACUCCUUCCGAGCGCAGACGCUGCUUCUGCCGAAGCAGCAGCAGCAGCAGCAGCAGCAGCAGCAGCAGCAGCAGGGGACACCUAUCUGCCGUAUGUUGUAGCAGCAAGCGAGCCGGCCUCGGGCGGCAGCUGCAGCAGCAGCACGCUGCUGCGCUGCAGCAGCAAAGCCAUUGCGAGGCCAGUGCAGCGGCUGCAGCUGCUGGCGCUGCUGCAGCACUCCUUUUGGUCUAUUAAGUCUGGUGUGGGGCGAGACACAAAGGUAAUUGGCAUAAGGCAGCAGCAGCAGCAGCAGCAGCAGCAGCAGCAGCAGCAGCAGGGGCUGCUGCUGCUGCAGCAGCCGCUGCUGGACCCUGAGCAGCAGGAGUUUCUGGGGGAAACGUUUUACCUGCCUCCGCCCGACGUGCAGCUGCCGUCUGCCUUCAAGCCUCCUGCUGCAGCAGCAGCAGCAGCAGCAGCAGCAGCAAGCAGGGGAGAGAGUGCAGAUCUGCUGCGUCUUGCUGCUUUCGAAACGCCUGCCGAAAGAGCCAGCCAAAUCCAGGCCGAGCAGCAGCAGCAGCAGCAGCAGCAGCAGCAGCAGGAGCAGGAGCAGCAGCAGGAACAGCAGCAGGGGCAGCAGGAACAACAGCAGCAGCAGGAGCAGCAACAACAGCAGCAGGAGCAGCAACAACAGCAGCAGCAGGAACAACAGCAGCAGCAGCAGCAGCAGCAAGGCGCAGCAAGUGAUGCUGCGGGCGAAUUGCCGGAGCUGUACGCUCGACGUGCGCCCGGCUCCCUUCUUUUGCCCCACACCAGCAGCAGCAGCAGCAGCAGCAGCAGCAGCAGCAGCAGCAGCAGCAGCAGCGUGGUUCUCAGCAGCAGCAGCAGCAGGGGAGGCCCGUGGGCGCUGGGGGAGCUGGUGCGGAGCCUGCAGGCUGGCGCGGACAGUCUGCUGCAGUGCCUGGGCUCCCUCAGCAGCAGCAGCAGCAGCAGCAGCAGCAGCAGCAGCAGCAGCAGCAGCAAAGCGCUGUUUGUGGACGAGCAGCAGCUGUUUCUCGCGCAUGCAGCCCCGUACCUCCGCAGCGACGCUGUUGUCUUUCCGGGAAAAGUUUUUUCUUCUUUUAAAAUCUUUUUUAUGAUUUCAAAAAUGUUUCCCAACUUCCAAGAAGGGCCUGGAUACUGCACUUUGGACACGGUGCUUUAUUAUUUAUUUAUUUAUUUAUUUAUUUAUUUAUUUAUUUAUUUAUUUAUUUAUUUAUUUAUUUAUUUGUUUUAUUUGUUUAUUAUUAUUGUUUAUUUGUUUGUUUGUUUGUUUGUUUGUUUGUUUGUUUGUUUAUUUGUUUAUUUAUUAUUAUUUGUUUAUUUACUUAUUUGUUUGUUUGUUGUUUGUUUGUUUGUUUGGUUUGUUUAUUUGUAA